AUGUCUGCGCCACCAGCCAAGACGGACAUUAAUUGGGCCCAGCUUGGACUCGCGUUCGACCUCACCGUCAACGGUCAUAUAGAAGUCCGGCAUCACCGCUCGACGGACAGCUGGACGGAGCCCGCCCUUGUUGCCAACCCCAACAUUUCCGUCAGCGGGCUCAGCCCCGGGCUCAACUAUGGACAACAGUGUUACGAGGGCCUGAAAGCGUUCCGGAGCUCAAGCAACACCAUCUCAGUCUUCCGCCCCGAGUUCCAUUGGGCCCGCCUCUGCCGAUCGGCUGAGUCCGUCUCGCUGCCGGCGCCGUCCAAAGACCUCUUUCUGGAGUGCCUCAGAAAGGCCGUCGCCGCGAACGCCGAGUUUGUGCCGCCCGCCGACGCAGAAGCAUACCUCUACAUCCGCCCAGUACUCUUCGGCGCCUCGGCCAAACUGGCCCUGGCGCCGCCCGAAGAGGUCAUCCUGGCGGUGUACGUCCAGCCCCUUCGGCCAUACCACGGUUCGGCGGCCAUCGACGGCCUCGUCCUUGAAGACUUUGACCGUGCGGCGCCCCGGGGCAUGGGCGGCUACAAGGUCGGGGGCAACUACGCGCCGGUCUGGCGCCAUGCUGCCCGAGCCCAGGAGCUGGGGUACGGCAUCACGCUGCACCUCGACAGCGCCACCCGGUCAUUGGUCGAGGAGUUUUCGACGAGCGGGUUCCUCGGCCAUAAGGUGGUGGACGGGCAGCACGUGCUCGUCGUUCCCAGGGCGGAGGGUGCGAUUACCAGCACGACCAGUGACAGCAUGGUUAGGCUCGCCGAGAGGGAAGGAUGGGUGUUGGAGAAGGGAGAGGUGCCUUUCUCUACCCUCGACACCCUGGACGAAGUCGUGGCGGUUGGCACUGCAGCUGCGGUGGUGCCGAUCCGCAGCAUCACCCGGCUGUCGACGGAAGAAAAGCACUCGUUUCCCAACUCAAACAGCGAGCGUGGCUCCAUCGUGGGCCUAGCACGCCUGAUGACGCAGAUUCAACGUGGGAAAUUACAGGAUGUGGAUGGUUGGUGCUGGGAAGUCACCGGUUACUCCGAGUAA